AUGAGAGAGGAAGAGGAGAGACGAGGAGAGUGGAAGAGAGAGGAGGUGGAGGAGAAAGGAGUAGAGAGAGAAGGAGGAGAGGUGGAGGAGGAGGAGGAGAAAAGAGGAGAGAGGAGGUUAGGGGAGGAGAGAGGAGGAGAGAAUGAGAGAGGAGGAGGAGAGAGGAAGAGAGAGGAGGUUAGGAGAGGAGAGAGGAGAAGAGAGAGAAGGAGGAGAGGAGGAAAGAGAAGGAGGAGAGAGGAGAAGGAGAGAGUAGAGGAGGAGAGAGGAGGAGGAGGAGAGAGGAGCAAAAGAAGACAAAGGAAAGAAAAAGGAUAG